ACUAAAGGCUAGUGAACACAAACACAACCUCGGUAGUUUUCAUCACUUCCAUCGCGCCUCCAAGAAAAAAAAAAUGGAGGCUUCUCUUUGUUAAGCUAAUUCGCAGCUUUGUGGACGUCUACUUCACUUGGGCACUACCCAAAUUGCUGUUGUUGCAUCAUUACGGCCUGAGGUACAGGAUGAGUAAGAAGAAAAACCCUCUUGUAUUCUUAGAUGUAUCAAUUGAUGGAAAUACUGCAGAAAAAAUUGUUAUUGAGCUCUUUGCAGAUACUGUCCCAAGGACUGCAGAAAAUUUCCGGUCGCUCUGCACAGGUGAGAAGGGAGUUGGAGUAUCUACUGGAAAACCUCUGCACUACAAAGGAUGCUUAUUUCACCGUGUAAUAAAAGGGUUUAUGGCACAAGGUGGUGAUUUCUCCAAAGGGAAUGGCACUGGUGGAGAGAGUAUAUAUGGAGGGAAAUUUCCAGAUGAAAACUUCAAAGUUGCCCACACCGAGGCUGGUCUUCUCUCGAUGGCAAAUAGUGGUCCUAAUACAAAUGGAUCCCAGUUCUUCAUUAUAUUUAAGAGAACUCCCCAUCUCGACGGGAAGCAUGUUGUUUUUGGGAAAGUUGUAAAGGGAAUGGAUUUAGUGAAGAAAAUUGAACAGCUGGGAACAGACAGUGGGAAGCCAUCUGGGCUUGUGAAAAUUGUGGAUUGUGGCGAAAUGUCUGAGAAGAAAAGUAAUGAUACAUCCAAAGCAGAGAAAGGGAAAAAUAAGAAGUCCGCGAGAGCUCUUUCCUCUGAUGAUGAUUCAGACAGUCAAGAAAAGGGGAAACGCAAAUCAUCCACCAAUAGAAAGAAACAGAAAAAGAGGAGAUACUCUUCAUCUGAUUCUUACAGUUCUGAGACAGAUACUGAUUCCUCUUCAGACUCUGACUCAGAUUCUAAGCUGGACUCCUAUUCUUCUAGUUCUUCAGGUGAUGACAGGCGUAAAAAGAGGAAGAGGUCAACUAAGAAAGAAAGCAGUCGACAUGGGAAGAAAAAAGGCAGAAAGAGCACUAGUAGAAGAGUUCAUCGAAAUAAAAGAUCGAGACGCAAGCGGAGCUCUGAGAGUUCUAGUGACACAGACAGUCGGAGCAUGAGCAGCAGCAGUGAUAGCUCCGAUGAUGAAAAUGGCAGGCCCAAUAUUUCUGCACGAAAAGGUUUGGUGAAGAAAUCAUCAAACCCUGUCAAAGAACAAGCUGUUUUGAAGCAGCAACAGAAUCUUGAAGAGGGUGAAAUAUCUAAGAACGGUAAGCUUCCAAAUAAUGGUCAUGGUGGAGAUGUACAAACUGACAGGACUCUCGCAACAAAUCAUCAAUCUGAUAAUUCGAGCAGAUCCAGGAGCGCAACACCAAGUCCUAAGGGAAAGCCAAGACCCAGCCGCAGGAGCAGUCGAAGUAUGAGCCCAGAAAAAGUACCUGCUAGACUUGGUCAAAAUGGUGGAAGUCUUCAAAUUGAAUCAAAGGAGAGAAGUCUUUCAAAAAGUCCUUCACCAAAAGCUACUCAGCCAUCUCGCUCUAGUCCUGGCAGGGAUUUAUCCAGAAACCGUUCUCCAGAUGGAACUUCAAAACGAGUCCGUAAAGGCCGUGGCUUCACUGAUCGUUAUUCAUUUGCAAGACGCUAUCGCACCCCAUCUCCUGAGCGUUCAUCUUACAGGCCUUAUUACCAGGGUGGGAGAAAUUUUCAGGGGAAUCGUGAUAGGUACUCAAGCUAUAGAAGCUAUUCUGGUCGCUCUCCACAGGGACGGUACAGACGGUCACCAAGAGGCAGAAGUCCCCCCAGAUACCAGCGCAGGAGUCAGAGUAGGAGUGUUUCUCACAGCCCUAGGCGUGAGAGUCGUCGAAGUAGGAGCCCUUCACGCAGUCCUUCCCCCAGAGAAAAGCGGCAGACAAUCAGUGACAGAUUGAAGUCUCGUCUUGGGCCUCGUGUGGAUGAUCAGCAUUCCAUUCCAACUAGGAGGUCAGCCUCAAGAUCUAGAAGCCGCGACUCUACAACUCCUCGAUCUCCUGCUGCUGCUCCAAGGAAGCACAGUGGGAAAGUAGGAUCUGCAUCACCUAAUAGUUCGAGAUCAACCUCCCCACCUCGACAGAGGGGUCUAGUCUCAUAUGAGGAUAUCAGUCCCACCGGGACAAACUAAUCUGUGUACCCUUCAUGCUCAUAUAUGAGUGACUAAAUUUGCAGAAAACUUAUGGCCUAGGUUUAAACCUUGUUUCAUCAGAUGUUGCUUAGCUGGGAUUGCCAACUCAAUUUUAUCAUUUUGUGUUUCAGUAAACUAGCAGUUCGACAUUGAAUGUUUUAUUUAUGGAAAAAGGGUCUUAUUUACCCUC